CGCUGCAGCUGAACAGUCAAUAUAAACAUUGGGAUGUCUUCGAGCGUUUUUGGAGCAUUUUUAUCAGCAUAAGCUUUGUUCUUCUGCUUGUUUACUACAGAAUUGCGACAUGAUACGGAAAAAUGACCAGAUUUUCAUGUUGAGUCCUGAUUGUAUGGAUUAUGAUCGUACGAAGGCCUUGAUGUUGUCCCGCUAACGGGAGCCAAUGAUCCAACUGGAGAAACCAGUUCUGACUGGUACCAUGCCGGUGGUGUGGCCCACCAUCCUCGACCUGGGCAGGGAUGAGUGCAAACGGAUUCUCCGUAAACUGGAGCUGGAAGCAUAUGCUGGAGUUAUUAGCGCCCUGAGAGCUCAGGGAGAUCUGACCAAGGACAAGAAGGACCUUCUGGGAGAGCUCACUAAAAUCCUCGGCAUCUCAACGGAGCGUCAUCGCGCAGAAGUCCGCAGGGCCGUUAACGAUGAACGCCUCACCACCGUCGCGUACCACAUGUCUGGUCCCAACAACUCAUCCGAAUGGUCCAUCGAAGGGCGACGGCUUGUUCCUUUGAUGCCGAGGUUGGUCCCUCAGACAGCCUUCACGGCCACGGCUAACGCUGUGGCCAGUGCCACAGCCAAUCAGAAUGCCUCCCUUCUGUUGCCGGCUGAAACAGGAAACAAAGAAGUUGUUGUAUGUUAUUCCUACACGAGCACCACCUCCACCGCCACCUGUGCCACAGCAUCGAGCGGCCCCAUCGGAGCCACGGUGAAAUCUCCGAGACCUGCCAGUCCGUCAUCCAACGUAGUCGUGCUGCCGAGUGGGAGCACCGUCUACGUGAAAAGCGUAAGUUGUUCCGACGAUGAUGAAAAGCCUCGCAAACGAAGACGCACCAACUCGUCCAGCUCAUCGCCAGUGAUGCUGAAGGACGUUACCAAGAUGUCCCCGCAGGUCUCCAAGAACAUCACCGUGCCAGUGAGCAGCAGCCCCAAGAUGAGCAACAUCAUGCAAAGCAUUGCCAACUCCCUGCCACCUCACUUGUCCCCCGUCAAGAUCACCUUCACCAAACCCACCAUCCAGACCACCAGCACCACCACACAGAAGGUGAUCAUCGUGACGACUUCCCCGAGCUCCGGCUUUGUGCCCAACAUCCUGUCCAAGUCUCACACCCAUAACGCCACCACUGUGGCCAAACUGGGCUCCACCUCCAUUCUGACUGCCCCCACACAGAAACAGACAGUGGUCUUCCCAGCCAGCUCUGGCCCUUCCCCCAACACCGUAGCCGUGACGACAGUGAUCUCCUCUACUCCAUCAGUGGUGAUGUCGACAGUGGCGCCAUCUUCUGCUGGAGUGAAGGUUGCUACAGCGAGACUCCCAUCGCCGAAGACCUUGGUGGGAUCCCCCACUCAGAUCCUGGCUCAGUUUCCCAAACAGCAGUCGCCCAAACAUCUGCAGCAGAGCUCACCUUUAGGAGUCUCCAGUAUGGCUCAGAGCCAGACCACCACCACCACUCCACCAGGAGUCAAACCAACCAUUCAGAUCAAACAGGAGUCUGGGGUGAAGAUAAUCACUCAGCAGUUACACAACAGUAAAAUCCUGCCCAAACCUUCCUCUGUGGCUCUGUCCAGUAGCAGCUCUUCGCCCAUUAUGGUGGUCAGCAGCAAUGGCACCAUCAUGACCACCAAGCUGGUCACACAGCCCACAGCUACCCAGGCCACAUAUACGAGACCCACAAUUGGUCCCAGUAUUGGCGCCAGAAUAUCUGCCUCCAGUGGAGGGACUACCUACGUCAAGACCACCAGUGGCAGCAUCAUCACUGUGGUUCCAAAGUCUCUGGCCACUCUGGGUGGGAAGAUCAUCAGCAGCAACAUCGUGUCUGGUACAACAACGAAGAUCACAACUAUCCCGAUGACGUCCAAGCCGAACGUGAUCGUGGUGCAGAAGACUACAGGUAAAGGAGCAACCAUCCAAGGACUGCCGGGCAAGAAUGUGGUCACAACACUGUUAAAUGCUGGGGGAGAGAAGAGCCUGCAGGCAGUUCAGGGGACCAAACCAGCCAUCAUCACCACCUCCAGGCCCAUCACCAAGAUGAUCGUCACCCAACCCAAAGGCAUAAGCUGCGGAUCUCAGUCCACCGCCACCAAGAUCAUCCCGACCAAGAUUGUUUACGGCCAGCAGGGCAAGACACAGGUUCUCAUUAAGCCGAAGCCAGUUUUCCAGACAGCGGUGGUGAGUGAACAGACCCGGCAGCUGGUCACAGAGACGCUGCAGCAGGUGACUCGCUCUGUGGAAGUAAGCCAGGCUCAGACCUCAGGCCAGGAUGGCUCUGUGAAGGAUGAUACCGGACGUCUGGCAGAGGCCACCAGCUUAAGCAGCGAGGCCUCCCAUAGCGGCCCGCAAGAUCCACAGCCUGUAGUGCACAUGGUGUCCUCCAGAGAGCAGGAUUGGACUGAGCAGGAAGUAGCCAUUGAGUCUGUUCCAACCAUUAUCUACCAGGAGGUAACUGGUUCAGACUCUGCUACCUCCACCAUCAAAGCCCUACUGGAGCUGCAGCAGACAACAGUGAAGGAGAAGGCAGAGUCCAAACCGAAGCAGCUCACCAUCGACUUGAGCCAGAUGGCCGUGCCCAUCCAGCUGCCCCAGAAAAAGGUUGCGCCAGAGUCUCCAAAACCCUCGAUCUCAGAGGCCGAACCCAGUUCUGACCACAUCACAGCAGGUAAAACCAGCAGAGCGGGGGUGCCCUCACAGGGAGACGAUGCGGCGAUGUCGUCCUCUCAGCAGCCAGGGAAGCCUUUGAAAAGCAGCAGCCAGGUUACCAUGGUAACCAAACAGGUCACGGCCUCCUCCGCGGCCGUGACAUCACACCCGCCCACUGAUGGCCACGGGAAAAUGGAGAGCGUUGUAGAGGUGGCCGAGCUGGAAGGCGACACCCUGGACCCUCAGACGGGCUUGUUCUACCGCUCCAACAAGCCUCCCUCAGAUCCCGACAACCAAACGACCACCCCUGAAGCAGCUCAGCCACCGCCCAUGAGUCAGGCCGAGGUCGAGCAGAGCCGACACAGCUCCACCCCGAUCCAGCAGCCACCUCCCCCACAGUUGCAGAGCAAACCUCAGAUCAGCCAGCCUUCCUCCUCAUCUGCUCCUCCUCUCAUCAAGAAAAUCCCUAAACCACAGGAUCAGAGUACGCCUAAACCACAAACCUUAACUCCAGGCCCCCACAAAGACAGAGCUCCGCCUGUACAGACCCAGACCGUGACAAAGACCCCGACCCCCAGCACGCCGACCAAGGCCCCCGCUACACCACAGCUUCCAAAGCUACAGCAAGCGCCAUCGUCUCACCACAGGCCUCUGCACACCCCCAUGUCACACCCCCCUCCCCUGCAAGCGCACCACCCAGUUAGCACGGAGAAGCCUGCAUCCAGCCAGCAGCCAAUCAUCACUCAGAGCGCCAGCGUCACCAAGAUCACCUUUGGCAGCUCCCACCACCCCACACCGGUCUUCAGCAGCGGCGAGGCAGCUGCCAAGCUGAUACCAGAGUCCAGCUCAGGGGUUUCAGGGGACAAGCCGUCUGUGUCGGACAUCCUGAAGAUCUCCAUGAUGGAGGCGGAGAUCGACCCCAGCACGGAGCCCAUGGUGGUGGACUCCUCCAGCGACUGCGGUCCUCUAGGUAAAACCCUGAACGUCCAGUCCGUGUCAGGAACGCUGGACUCGGGCCAGUUCAUCAGCAGCUCCGGUGCUAGCAUGCGUCACUCCCACACGAAGCCUCAGCAGUUCAGCUGCGUGCAGGGCCUCACGGCACAGAGCAGCAAGGAUGACCUGGAAGUCAUCGAGGUGAUCCCUCAGUACUCUAUCUUGCCAGACUCCAGCCAGUCCAAUGUUGUGGUGGAGCCCAGCGGCUUCCUGGAGAUCACAAACUACACCAGCCAGCAGCUGGAGGAGGACAGCCCCAUGGAGCAGGAGGUGGACAGUAGCAAUGACGAGGCCACCGCUGCCAGCCCCGCAGAGCAGCCGUAGACGCUCCUAGGCUAAGACUUCGACAGGAGCGAGGCACUUCUUCACUUUGAACCAGCAGACUGAUGAUCCAUUUCAGGCUCAGACCCAGCAGGCCGCUUUUUUCCUUCCUCUGAGCGUGUAAAAUAUUAGUUUGUUAGUCUUCUUCUCUCUCCACAGCUAAUGGCCCAUGUGGUUUUUAUUGCUGUGAGGUAAAAUGAUUAGCUUUAGUUCAAAACAGCUGGAAAACAUUCCAGCGUGUUAACUUACUCACACGACUUCAAGAGACCUUUACACAUUUAUAACCUGGAGGUUUUUGGAAUAUCUGGGUCCACUUUGCAUCAUUUCAGAAACACAUACUGUGUUGACGGCAGUCCAUAGCUCCUUUCUCAUCAUAUAAACUGGAUUUUUAUCCUGACUGAAUUUCUAACCAUAAACUUUCUGACAGAUUUGGGAUUUAAGGAUUCAGAAAAGGGAACAAAGCUGUAACUGAUUUAAUUCUCUGUGAGACUUGAAGGAGAUCCAGAAAAGAGACCUGGAGGGUGGAUUGUGUCCAACAUAUGUGUUACUUAAGCAAGAAGAAAUAAGCGAUGUACCAUGGUUUUGUUGUAAGGUUUAUUCUGCAGUUUAGGAAAAAAAAGCUGCAGCGAGAAGGUAUGCAUUUGUUUCAGCUGCAUUUCUUUUGUACUUUUUCAAACUAAAGGACUAGUUGUGAGAAAUCAUUUAAUCUGCACAAUAAAUCAGCUGAGUAAAACCGUA